AUGCCUGCACAAACGUCAAGCCGGCCCACGAGGAAGUCGACUGCAGUAUCCAGAAAACAAUCAACAGCGACUCUCAACUCCCGCGCUUCUGUGGCCUCACGCGCUUCCUCAGCAGCGAUCGAAUAUGUUGACACUCCUGACAGUGUAUUGCGGUUGCAGAUUUGCGCAGUUUUCCGUGAUGCCCAACGCACUACGGCGACUCAUCGCAAACUUGUGGUGAACCUUCGUAAGAUUCACGAGUCAUGUUGUUACGAGCCAGCCAAGCCAACCAACGUCACUUCCAGCGAAUUCGACGAAGUGGCUUUCAACAAAGAGUUUGUUCGAUGUGUACUAAGGAUAAUGCCAAUUAAGAAAUCCGAGAAUGUUGGCGAAAAGUGUGUCAGAUUUGUCGGUUUUUAUCUGCGACAUUCCAACGAAAAGGACAAUGAGAUCUUAGGCAAUGUUGAAGGAGAUACCAGCUUAAUGCCAGAGACUCCAAGCACCAGACUAACGUCCGAAAUUCUUGAAGAAGUCUUACCACUGAUGACAGCUAAAGAUAAAUUUGUCCGAUACCGCUCAACACAGCUAAUAUCGCAAGUCAUCAACUCCUUGGAUGCCCUGGAUGACGAUCUAUUCCAGAAGCUUCGUCAUGGCCUCCUCAAACGAAUUCGCGACAAAGAGGCUAUGGUACGAUCCCAGGCGGUACUUGGACUUGGUCGUCUUGCGGGUAAUCAGGCCGAAGGCUGCACCAAUUCAGACGACAGCGACGAUAAUCAAGGAACGGACCUGCUGGGAAAACUUCUUGAAGUCAUGCAAAAUGAUCCAAGUGCAGAUGUCCGACGUUCGUUGUUGGUAAACCUCCCUAUUCUUCCCAACACGCUCCCAUUUUUGCUGGAAAGAGCUCGAGAUCAGGACGCUGCCACCCGAAGAGCCGUUUACUCUCGCCUUCUGCCUGCAUUGGGCGAUUUCCGCCACUUGUCGCUCUCCAUGAGAGAAAAGCUCCUUCGAUGGGGACUGCGGGACAGAGACGAUAAUGUUCGCAAAGCAGCUGGUAGACUGUUCAGAGAGCGAUGGAUUGCCGACUGUGCGGGAAUUCCCGAGCAAGAUGAAGGCAACUCCGCCGAGGCGGCCCCUGUGAGCUUUGAUGGAUUGUUGGAAUUGCUGGAGCGUAUCGAUAUCAUCAACUCUGGAGUGGAGAACGGUGUUGCCUUAGAGGCAAUGAGAGGCUUUUGGGAAGGCCGACCUGACUAUCGGGACGCCGUGACCUUUGACGACAAUUUUUGGGAGACUCUUUCGGCCGAGUCCGUAUUUAUGGCCAGGAGUUUCAAUGAUUUCUGCCGAAGUGAGGGCAAUGGGCGGUACGAGUCUCUCGUGGAAGACAAGUUACCUGAAGUGACUAAGCUUGCCUUCUACCUUGAACGCUACAUGCAGGUUCUCGUUGAAGCCCUUAAGAGGGUAAACCAACCCGGGGUUGAGGAGGAAGAGGAGGAGGACACAGUGGAGCAGGAGUUCAUUAUUGAACAAAUCCUCCAUAUCGCCCUUACUCUCGACUACUCAGAUGAAGUCGGCCGAAGAAAGAUGUUCACACUACUGCGACAAUUUCUAUCGAUUCCCGAGCUGCCUGACGAAGUCACCAAAUUGACGGUCGAAGUGCUGCAAUACAUAUGCGCUCCUGACGCUGCUGGUGAGCGUGAAUUUUGCAGCAUUGUCCUCGAGUCCGUCGCAGAUGUACAUGACACAAUUGUUGAUGAACCUCCAGCAGAUGAGGGGGACGACAGCUUCCACUCGGCCAGGUCUGAGGUGAGCCGUGGCAGUACUCCUACGAAUGACAACAAGAGAGGCAAGAACUCCGAAUUGAGCGAGGAAGAUGCUCGGGAGAAGGCAGUUAAGGAAAUCGUUGUCAACAUGAAGUGUCUUCACAUUGUUCAAUGCAUGCUGACCCAUGUGGCCGGCAACUUGAAGGACAACGCCGACCUUGUCUCAAUGCUGAACAACCUUGUGGUCCCGGCAGUGCGAAGCCAUGAGGCACCCGUACGAGAGAGAGGUUUAGUAUGUCUCGGCCUCUGCGCGCUGCUGGAUAGGUCCUUAGCAGAAGAGAAUUUGGGCUUAUUCAUUCAUUUCUUCAACAAGGGCCAUCCAGCGUUGCAGAUUACGGCUCUGCACAUUUUGACAGAUAUACUGAAUGUUCACGGUGCUCAACUACUCUCAUCUACCCCUGGCUUAUUGAAGGUUUACGUCAAGGCUGUCAAAGGCGGCGCCAAAGCACCAGAAGUUCAAGCGGCGGCGACGGUUGCCGCGUCCAAGUUAUUGCUAGGCAGAGUCGUGAGCGAACAGGACGCAUGCGAGGAGCUUUUGAAAGCCCUUGUCGUUGCAUACUUUGAUCCCUCAUCGGCUACCAACCAGCCUGUUAGACAAGCAUUGAAUUACUUCCUUCCAGUAUUCUGCUAUUCGAGGACAGCCAACCAGGAUCUGAUGCAGGCCAUCUCCCUGCAGGCAUUGCACUCCCUUCUGAACCUGCGUGAGGGAUUGGAAGAUGAUGACGUUGAUGUGGGCGAAGACAUGGUCAGUAUGACCACGAUUGGGGCCUGCUUAGUAGACUGGACAGACCCGAGAAAAUGCUACGCCCCAGGCGCCGCUCUCGAUACUGAGAAGAAAAACGUAAACGGAGAUGUCCAUCUUCGCCUGGGCCAGGACAUUAUGGAGAAGCUGCGAAGCAACGUAAACAAAGAGGAAAAGAAGCUGGUGGCUGGUCUGCUUGGCAAGCUUCAUGUCUCGUCGGGAUCAUCCGAGGCAAUGAUUCGAGAUUUAUACGCAGACGUAAGUGAGGCCGUUGACGAGGGCCUGCUGAGUGAUGCGACGAGCCGUAAUGCAUUGUACAAGAUUCAUGUCAGCUUGGGAAAGAUUGUCAAUACUCUGGACGAGCAGCAACCAUCCAAUAGGCAGACUAGUCGCAGCGUUUCGGUGGCGUUGGAUAGACAGCCAACAGAAGACAGGACAAUUAUGGACGAGGCCAAGAUCAAGGAGGAAGAGCUUGACGAUAACGACGAGGGUACCGUUGUUCUUAAGAAGCGAGAGCAAGAGUCGAUAGCAGGGGAUGGACUAUCUGAUGAGGAAGAUACCAAGAUGGAGGGCGCGUAG